UCUACCUCCGGAGCAGCUCCCACGCCUGUCACCGGCGGCAGCCGGGCACCUCAUCCUGCAAGAUGGCGGAGAGCGAGAGCCUGGAGAGCGUCACCGAGCACGAGCGGAUCCUGCAGGAGAUCGAGAGCACCGACACGGCCUGCGUGGGGCCCACCCUGCGCUCUGUUUACGAUGACCAACCAAAUGCCCACCAAAGGUUCAUGGAGAAGCUGGAUACACGGAUCCGAAAUCACGACAGAGAAAUAGAAAAAAUGUGUAAUUUUCAUCACCAGGGCUUUGUAGAUGCAAUUAAUGAACUCCUGAAAGUAAGGGCUGAUGCAGAAAAAUUAAAGGUACAGGUUACUGAUACCAACCGAAGGCUUCAGGAUGCUGGGAAGGAGGUGAUCGCUAAAACAGAAGAAACUAUCAAGAGUAGAAUUCAUCAAAGAAAUAUUGCUACCGUAAUCGAUAAGCUACAACUAUGCCUUCCAGCAUUGGAAAUGUACAGCAAACUGAAGGAACAGAUGAAUGGGAAAAGAUAUUAUUCCGCUCUAAAAACAAUGGAUCAACUGGAAAAUACAUAUCUACCUAAAGUUGCCCAAUAUCGUUUUUGCCAGAUAAUGGGGGAAAAUCUACCAAAAUUACGAGAAGAGAUAAAGGAGGUUUCUAUGUCAGGUCUUAAAGAUUUUUUAGAAAGUAUACGGAAGCAUUCAGACAAAAUAGGUGAGACGGCAAUGAAGCAGGCACAGCAGCAGAAAACAUUUCAUACUUCAAUACAAAAGCAAAUCAACGUCAGCUAUAAAAAACCCAUGUAUAUUCUCAACGGACACAUUUCUGAAGGGGAAAACCGACUGAAAUCAAAAUGUCAGAGUCUAGAAGAUGGAGACUGGGAGGAUGAAGUCCUAAGUGUCCAGGACUUGGUUGACUUCUCCCCGGUAUACCGUUGUCUUCACAUCUAUACAGUCUUGGGUGAUAAAGAAAUUUUUGAAAACUACUACAGAAAGCAGAGAAGAAAACAAGCGAGACUAGUCCUACAGCCACAGUCAAACAUGCAUGAAACUGUUGAAGGUUAUAGAAAAUAUUUCAGCCAGAUCGUGGGAUUUUUUGUGGUUGAAGAUCAUAUUUUGCAUGUAACACAAGGGCUAGUGACCGGGACCUACACCACUGAUCUCUGGAACAUGGCUCAGUCUAAAAUUAUAGCGGUCCUUCGAACACACUCGUCAUACUGCACCGACCCUGAUCUUGUGCUGGAGCUGAAGAAUCUGAUUGUCGUGUUUGCUGAUACUUUGCAGGGCUAUGGUUUUCAAGUAAAUCGGCUAUUUGAUCUCUUAUUUGAAGUUCGAGACAAAUAUAAUGAGACUCUACUUAAAAAAUGGGCUGCAAUAUUCAGGGAUAUUUUUGAAGCUGAUAAUUACGGUCCUAUCCCCGUAGCCAAUGAAGAGGAGUACAGAGCUGUAAUUAGCAAGUUUCCCUUCCAAGAUGCAGAAACUGACAAGCAUCCAUACCCAAAGAAACUUCCGAUGUCUCAUUCCGUUCCUCAGAUUUACACGCAGGUCAAAGAAUUCAUUUACGCAAGUCUUAAAUUUUCGGAAUCACUUCAUCGAAGUUCUACAGAAAUAGAUGAUAUGCUUAGAAAAGCUACCAACUUACUCCUCACUAGAACAUUAAGCAGUGGUUUGCAAAACCUCAUAAGGAAACCUCAUAUAGGAUUAACAGAACUUGUGCAAAUCAUUAUCAACACCACACACCUGGAGCAGGCCUGUAAAUACCUGGAGGAUUUUAUUACAAAUAUCACAAAUAUUUCGCCCGAAACCGUACACACGGCAAGACUUUAUGGGCUUUCCACCUUCAAGGACGCAAGGCAUGCCGCAGAAGAGGAAAUCUACACCAAGCUCAACCAAAAAAUUGAUGAAUUCAUACAGCUUGCAGACUAUGACUGGACUAUGUCGGAGCCUGAUGGGAGGGCUAGCGGAUACCUAAUGGAUCUGGUUAAUUUUUUACGAAGCACAUUUCAAGUAUUUACUAAUUUGCCUAAUAACAGCAAUGAUCAUGGAGCCAUGUCGGGGAAGGUGGCCCAAACUGCCUGCAUGUCAGCCUGCAAACAUCUCUCAACAUCUUUAACACAAAUGCUGCUGGACAGUGACUUGAAGCAAAUCAGCAUGGGAGCAAUUCAGCAAUUUAACUUGGAUGUUAUCCAGUGUGAAUUGUUUGCAAGUUCAGACCCUGUACCAGGAUUUCAGGAGGACACCCUACAGCUAGCAUUCAUCGAUCUCAGACAGCUGCUGGACCUCUUCAUGGUUUGGGAUUGGUCGACAUACUUGGCUGAUUAUGGCCAGCCGUCGUCCAAAUACCUGAGAGUGAACCCAAGCACAGCACUAAUUCUUCUGGAGAAGAUGAAAGAAGGCAAUAAGAGGAACAAUAUAUUCGCUCAAUUCAGGAGGAAUGACCGCGACAAGCAGAAAUUAUUAGACACCGUAGUGAAACAACUAAGAAGCUUGGUUAUAGGGAUGUCACAGCACCCAUAAUGCAAUGGGGCACUCCUGUCCUUGUCUGACUCCGAUCACCAUCAUUAAGUAGGACAUAAAAGACUGAGUUUGGGCGAACUUAUCCAGACAGUUUUUAUGAGCAAUUCAAAACGCAGUAAUAAGCAGAUGUCUGUCUUUUAUUUUCUGAUUGACUCCAGUUUUUGCUGCAGCAUAUAAUAAAAUAUAUCUGAAACUGUUCUGUUGGAUUAAACAAUAGGCAAUCCCGAUUUUUAGGAGUUUUUAAAUGAAAUGGAAUUUUAUAUAUUGUAAACAGGCGGUAUUAAAAAUUGCUGUAACAUACCAAACUCCAGUCACACGGUUUGUAAAUAUGUUGUAUAAACGCGUGAAUAUUGCUGCUAAAACUUGCCAUUUCUAUGCUACCGGGGGAUUUAAACCAAGAUUUAUUAGGAGGUCGACAUUUUAUAUUUUGAUUUUGUGGAAGGAAUUUCUCAUUAACCCUUUAAUGGGAGAGGGGACAAUGUAUUGCACACAGCCCCAGCACUAGAAGAUGUUAAUCGAUAGAGCGAUAAGCUAUGCUUUGCAAAUACCCUGCUCAGAGCACUCUGCUAAAAGGGUUAAGAUGCUGCUAUCUGCAUAGCAGGAUUAAAUAUAAGGCAGACCUAAGUGCUCGCCAUGGCCCAGGGAUCACACAGGGGCCCAGGAGCCAAGACUUUGCUUGGCCCAAUUAACCAUUCCUACUUGAAGAAUGAUGGAGGGCCCUGCCUAGUGCCCUGUGAGAUCUUAUUCCUUUUCUGGCUAUAGGGGAAUUGUAUUGCUCUAGUUUCAGCCAAUCAGCUUUGCGGUAGUUAGAACCAGAUACAUUUUAAAGUAGCCUUAGACUGACUAUUUCAAUACAAUUGAUGGUCUACUCUAAAUGUCUGUGCACUCUGGGCACCCUUAAAGCUGUACCGAGCUAUACCAGAGCUGCUGAUGGCAAAUAGAAAAGAUGUCCUACUCUGGCAUUGGGUCUUUUAAGAUUUAAAUUAUGAUGACGAGGUGAAAUUAAUCGCUUAUUAAGGAGUUAGGGAAUUGCCCUAACCAGUGCAAUGAAAA